GACAAUGCUUACCAUCCCAUCAAUGAGCAGUGCAGUGAUGGCCCAAGUGACAACAAUGGGGGAUGCGAUGAGGAGUCACCAGGACUGCGCUGAUGUGUACUCUAACGUGGCCACUGUCAGCUCCACUGCAGGAUGCCAACCUGGGAAACACAAGGACAUCAGGAAACAGGAGCUGAAGAAAAGGUACAAAACCUCACCAUCUUUGUUCUUCCUGAAAGCAGAUAUUGGAGAUUCGGUGAGCAAGGUGUCAUUGUGUGAGACUUCCGUGGCUGUGGGUGUUAGUCGGCGGAGCCGAGCCUUUCCGUCUCCGGUGAGAAGACGCCUCCGCACAACCUUCAGCCGUAAGCAGCUGGAGCAGCUGGAGAUGGCCUUUGGACAGAACCAGUAUCCUGACAUCUACUACAGAGAGGAGCUGGCCCGAAUCACUAAGCUCAAUGAGGCUCGCAUACAGCAGGUGUGGUUCCAGAACAGAAGGGCCAAACAGCGCAAGCACGAGCGGGUCUCCCAAAAAGUGCACCCGCUGGGUGUGAUGUCAGGCCACAGGGCACUCCUGGGCAGCAUGCACGUCGCACCACCCAUGGCCCGGCAGUACUACGCCCAACCCCUGGCCCACAUUCCCCACGUCGCUACAGUGCUGCCUGCCAGAGUGUACCCCCAUCAUCCCCAAGGUCCAGUCAGCCAGUGCCCGUUUCCCUCGGUGCCAUCGCAGGCGGCCUCUCAGCACCAGCAUGAAGAAUGGUACAGCCACGUGAGGAGCAACCUGACCUCAACGAUGUUCUCUCUGACCUCUGUGCAGCCCCUGGACCCCUCCUCUCACUGGAGCUAAGCACUGGCCAGCAAAUAAAAAGCAUCACGCAUGAGGAGUUUGCCGUUUUUUUCUCUCCGGUAUUCCUGAAAACUAGUCUGUAGAGUUCUCAGUUAGGGUUUCUCAAGUAUCACCCAAAACGUGUCAAAUAUUACCCGGUUCGAUAAAUACAUUUUCCUCUGUACUGUCUAGACUUGUAUGAAUUACAAAUGGUGGCUUUCUUUCAAGUUAUUUGGACAUUUUUGGUGUUCGUGCCCACAACCACAAUGUAUAACAGACUAAGAACAGUCGGAAAAUUGAAAUUUGAAUUGUCUCCUUGAGUCAAUGUACAUUUUUUUUAAAAGUCAAGUUCUAUUAGCUGCUGUUUUUGUCUUCUGCAGUUAAACAGAAUUAUUGUACUUUACUCGAUGCUCAAUGGUUUGAAAACUUGGAAUUUAAUACAUUUAUUUACAAAAUUAGUUGGUGUCAAAUUAAUGAAAGAAAACCAUAGCAGUCUUCUGUUUACAGAUUUUAAUAGUUUACAUUCCAGUGAAAAAACAUACACAUUAUGUUCAUAUUUCUAAAU